AACCUGCUCCGGUCCAAUCAGCCUCAGUGCCUACCUUCACACGUAAGCGGCACUCAGGUCCGUCUGUCUGGUCGGACCUACACAUGCACCCGCCGCAUACACACUCUCGGACACGCACGUCGCUAUAGGCCCCCUAUAGCCCCCGCCCUCAUCUUGAGGCCACCUCUGCGCGACCCCUUUGCCAUUGGCCAAGACGCCGAGCCCUCAGCAUCUCCAUCGCGGCUGAAGGGAGCACUGGGGAAGGUCGGAUACACAGGUGAACAAUGAAGACGCUCGUGCGACUCGUGCUGGGACUCGUCGCCCUCAAAGCAGUGCUUGCCGGACCCCGGUUUUCCCGUCAAACGGACUUGGACACGUACGACGGCGGCAACUACGACGUGGACGAUCUGAAUUCGGAAAACCAGGAGUAUGACUACGAAGACGGGCUGACCAUCGACGAUCCCGAGAUAGAGAUUGGCACAGUGGCCCCGCCCGACUACAACUACCCAAUACCAGAGGCGUCCUUGGAGGAGCAGGAGGGCCAAGAGGAGGAGGAGGAAGAGGAGGUCCCCCUGAUGCCUCAGCUCAUUCCUCAGGGCUCAGGAGGGUCCGGAGUUCUCAUGGGCCCGGACACACAGAAAGAGGUGGAGCUGCGUCUGACACCCAUUGACUUCCUUCAUGUCUCCGGGGAUUUUGGGGGCUCGGUGGGGUCUGGUGUCUCGGGAGCCUUGGGGGUUUCCGGGUCAGGAGGCUCAGGGGACCCGCUGGUCUCAGGCGCCUCUGGGGGCUCUGGGGAUAUAGUCUUCAUCUCUGGGGCUUCUGUGGAGAUCCUCAGCGGCUCCGGAGGAUCAGGGCAGUUCUUGGCAUCCGGGGAUGUGGAUUACUUGAUAUCAGGGGAUCUCUCUGGAUCUGCGGAGGUCUCCGGAUCAGGGGACCUCCUGAUUUCUGGGGAUGUCUACGGCUCAGGGGAUCUCCUAAUAUCUGGGGAUUUUUUCAGUUCUGGGGAUCUCUUGAUAUCAGGAGAUCUCUCAGGAUCAGGAGAUCUCUUGAUAUCUGGGAUGGGGUCCGCAACUUCUGGAGCCUCUGGAGACUUCUCCUCUGGGGGAUCUGGAAUUGUAACUGAACUUGGAUCCGGGGUGUCUGGUAUUGCCACUGGAGGGUCUGGGGACCAGUCUGGUUCUGGGUUCUCGGGAGAUAUCCUGACCUCAGGUGCCUCGGGAGGCUCUGGGGUUUCUGGGGACACUGAUGAGUCCGGGAUCUCAGGGAUAACAUUAUUACCUGGAGAGGAGGAGCUGCCACUCCUUCCUACAACUAUCCCACAAGAGGCAUCAGGUGCUUCUGGGGAGUUCUCAGGAGUUUCAGGAACCUCAGGGGAUCUGGGAGUCUCCGGAGACGUAGAGGUCUCCGGAGCCUCUGGAACUUCUGGUGUCUCUGCCUCCGGAGACACCGAGGAGCCUGGUAUAACUCUGAUCCCUGACACUGAGAAAGAGGAGGGGCUGCUUCCCACACAAGAGACCCCUCAGGAGGGUACUGGUGGUGUCGAGGAGACACCGGGCUCUGGCCUUCCAGAGCCGGAUGAACCUGAAGAGCCUGAGAUUGACAGGACAGGUAUGCCCACAUGCUUGCUGUGCACAUGCCUCGGCGGUUCGGUCUACUGCGACGACUUAAAGCUGGACAGUGUUCCCCCUCUGCCCAAGGACACCACUCACUUCUACGCCCGCUACAACAGAAUCACCAAGAUCAACAAGUCCGACUUUGCCUCAAUGAACAAGCUCAAGAGGAUCGACCUGACCGCCAACGACAUCACGUCCGUCGACAGCAAGGCGUUUAUGGGUCUGCCUGAGCUGGAGGAGCUGGUGAUUCGGGAAAAUCACAUCUCACAGCUGCCCGCCCUGCCGGAGACCAUGACCCUGAUUGACGCCAGCCACAACAACAUUGAGUCCAAGGGGAUUGUCAAAGAGGCCUUUAAGGACAUGACCGGACUGCUAUACUUGUACCUGACAGACAACAAUAUUGACUACAUCCCUGUUCCUCUCCCAGACAGUCUGAGAUCUCUACAUCUACAGCGUAACAACAUCCAGUCGAUGCACGACGACACGUUUUGCAACCUGCACGACUUUAACUACAUCCGGAACGCUCUGGAGGACAUCCGCCUGGACGGCAACCCCAUCAACCUGAGCCGAACCCCUCAGGCGUACAUCUGCCUGCCCCGCAUCCCCGUUGGGGACCUCAUUUAAUAACCACGACGAGCAUGACCACACGCACGCGUCCUUGUACAUAUACAUGCAUAUAUGUUGACCCGUCACGUGCACGAGCAUGCGGACACGCGCACAUCACCCAUACCACUCUGCGUGGAUAUUUCGUGUACCAGAGGUCUUCACGGUCCAUAAACGCGUGACGUGAGUGAUCAUGCACACACACACACACACACACACACACAACAAAAAAAAACUGUUCCACAACUUGAAUUAGGAGUAAAAAAAAAAAAGAAAACCCUCAAAUGAAUGUUUCUGUCUGGUGUCUGCUCACUACCGCUCAAUUUUUGUUUAAAUAUUGUUUGUUUUGUAAAGAUUAAAAUAUAAAUAUUAUAAAAUAAAUGACGAAUUGAAGGCCGGAGCUCUAUGGAAGGUCACGUUUGAGUAUCUUAAUGCAAUAAAAGACGCAUUUUAAACAUGAAUCAUUUGUUGUAAAGUCUGUGCUGUAGCUUAAUUUCUACAUCAGGGGUGUCCAAAGUGCAGCC